AUGUCCAUAUUUAGUUUUACCAUUUGGUUGCCUUUCUUUCGAAUUCUCACCGUCGUUGCGCUUUUUUGCUUUUUCCUUCUCCUCGCUGUUGCUGAACAUGCAGGAGAAAGACUGCCAUCGCCAUCGCACGUAUACUUCUCCUCAGGCAACGACGAGUACCGUACUCAACGAUAUCCUGCCAAUGUUCCCUCUUCUCGCUAUACUGCCCCGCCUCAUCCACCACUGCCUGACACUAGGAAAUCCUCAGCGGCAUCCUUUUUUUUCACGUCAGCGACCCGUUCAACGAUGUGUGACUGGUUGUCCUUGGGAGCGUUGCAAAAGGUUCACUUGAUUUACCGAUCUGUUGUUCACAACGAGACUGGCGGGAAGAAGGCUUCGGCGCAGCUUGACGAUCCAUUGAAUGCCCCACCGCUCUGUUCUGUUACUUUUUCGCUGUCUCCUUGCUUUCUGUCUAUCGGCUGUAAUCUGCCCCCUUGCGUUUGGUGGAUCGUUCUUGGAUAUGUGGGUUGCAGGCGCGGGCGCCUUCAUUCUGUCUGUUCUCCAGCUAUGUACGACGAAGAGUGCACGCUAACGUCUUUGAGUGAGCGUGGACAGUAUUCUCGGGCAUCCCGUCUUUCUCAUUUUUCGUCCCGGAAUUACCGCAUCCAUUCUCAUGUCAUUUGCAGCUCGAGGAUUGAGUAG